CUCUUCACCACAUUACUUAUUCACUGGCUGGAGGAACAUAACCGUUCCCAACUGGACUCUGUUAGGAAGAGCAAGACUGUCGGGCAACAAAGCAUCAAUAUGGCUUUCUCCGACGAGAUACCAGAUCCUCCGAUCAAACAAGAAGCUUCCUACAGUGUCACAUCUGGCUCGAGCCAAGCAAUCACGGCCCCCAAAUCGCUGUCCCAAAAGCGUCGCAGACCAGAUGAGUCUCAAGAGUUGGGAGAAAAGCGACAGAGGAUUGCCUCCGGCUCUUCAGCAAGUAGGCCUGCAGAACCUCUAAGUGUCAAAUUCCGUGAAAUGCUUGCUCAAGCUGAAGGCGCUGUCAUGCAACAACAUGCGCCAUCUGCCAAUAGGCUGCAAAUCUAUCAGGAACAGGCUGAAUCGUCAUGUCCUGCUGGUGCUCAGUACGAGCAUAUUGAGCCCGAAGGCCAAAGUCGUGGCUUUAUGUCUGAUCCUCAUCUCUAUAUGCGAAUUCUAAGUCUCCCGAUAUUGGAAAGUCUGUCUAUCCAAAUCUUGUCAACCCUUACCCAGGGGCAUUGGCUUGCGACUUUAAGAGUCGUACAGGCGCCUCAAUCAGAGCUCGGCCAAGCAUAUACUACUCUGAAGUCGCUUUUCGAUCAGACCAAGCAAAUAUACUCCCAAAAUGAUCCCUUCUUAUCUGCGGACGAACUCAACAUCCACGAGUCCGAACAUCGUGCCACAAUUCGAAUCACAAAUCUGGCUACCUUCAUUUCUUCAGCCUUCGGGGGCUCUGUUGGAUUUUACGAACUCAAUGACCACUUCAUCGAAACCUUUACUCCUGAUGGAGAACCGAUGUCGAAGGAAGCUGGUGAUCUCUUUCUGAGCCUCAAGACCCAGAUGUUCUUGUCAGCGGUGACUCAGGAGGAGCAGGAGAGGACAAAAGAGGAUAUCCUCGAAGACUUCUUCCCCGUAGGUUUUGACGAGCUGCUUAUGAGCCGACAUCCCGCCAUAGAAUUGGCUGAGAGUGAGAAUGAGUUUCUCCGAGCAUCACAGGAGCGUCGCUACUUCCUCAUGACAGAGGCGAAUGAUAUAGAAUCGAUUCAGGAAAUUUCGUCGAAGUUCGCCUGGGAGGACUUUUUACAGAGUCUAAGUGCCCAUCUUAGCAAGACCUACGGACCGAUGAUCACUCCUUAUAUGAAACGUCAUGCUCUCACAGCUCCAGCACCUCCUGUUCGCGGAGUGAUCCAGAACACUGCCCAGGACACUAACAACAUAGCCCCGUCAUUCGCGGAAGUGCUAAAACGUGCUACACAAGCCACAAUGGAUGCAUUCCAACCCAGGUCUGCCAACAAUAACACACAGAAUCACGAAGAAUCUUCUUCGCCCCCUCAACAAUCCCAACACAAUGCGACUCAGGAUGGCUCCGCUGAUGCUGCUAAAAAAAAGGCCCCUCAUCCUAGCCAGUCGGUUCCAACUGUAGUGCUAUAUGAAAGAGCCCGCAAGGCAGCCGCUUCCAAGGCAAACAAUGGUCAUCGUAAACCAGGAGUACCCAGUGCAAGACGACCUUGGACGCCCCACGAAGAGGGCGCCUUAAUGACGGGUCUUGAUAUGGUCAAGGGGCCACACUGGAGCCAGAUCCUAGCCCUCUUUGGACAAGGAGGGUCUCAUGGUGAACAACUCAAGGAUAGAAAUCAAGUGCAGCUGAAGGACAAGGCGAGGAAUCUCAAACUGUUCUUCUUGAAGAACAGUGACGAGAUGCCGUUCUACCUAAAAGGUGUUACCGGUGAUCUCAAAACUCGAGCACCGGGGCAAGCCAGUAAAAAGGAAGCUGAAGCAAGACUAAAAGCCAACGCCGUUGAGGAAAAAGAUCGUGUCAACGGGAUCAUGACGCUGGCCCAAGGCUUGCAAGACCACGAUUACAGUGAUUCGGCGGUUUCUACUCCAUCACCUGCCAGUGACGGAAGUCCAUUUCAUGAAGUUGAGCCCGCGAGCCAAGAACACGCUUUGCCUGUACUUCAAUCAGAAGAUGAACACCUUCGUCAAUCACUGUUGGCAGCUUCUGGUGUUUCCGUGAGGAGUGGAGCCGCUCCCACUGCCAGUAUGAUUUAGUCUGCACAGCUGGCAAUUCUGCUAGGUUAUGAAAUUGUUUGAGUUGGAAUUGGUUGCUGUAGUACUAAUUCAUAUAACUGCACUUGAUUCUUCUGAGUUCGAAAGCGACACCCCAACCUGCGAGCAUAUUUACGGUGUAC